GAAUAUUCGUGCGCGAUGCGAAAGAGCAAGGCCAAGAGCAAGAAACCUGCGAAAUCCGUGGAAUCCCCUAAGCCGAAACAGGUGGACGAGGAUGCUUGGCGCAAACCAUUGGAGACGAUCGCGAUCAACGACAACGAGUGGUGGUGCAUGGUGAUCAUGAUGGUCGAGACGAUCACCGACCACUCGAGAUGCGUGUCGUUCUUCAACAUAGCCGCCGAAGAGGGCAGGCGGAAGGCCAUUUACCCAUUGACGUGUCAGAAAACGUUGGCCAGCGUGAAAGCGUUGUCGAAGCAGAGCCUCGAUAAAAGUCCAACGAUUCAGGGGGUUUGCCGUUACGCGAACAAGAUUCUGGAGACCGAAAACGAAACGCUUCCUACCUGGCUGAUGGCACGGGUCAUCAAGUACUUGAUAUAUCGGGCGAGGGAGGAGAACAUCGCCAUAGUGAAAAGACUAAUCAACCUGGAGCGCGAGAUAGACGAGGAAUAUUGGAUUAUGCAGACAGUCGAGGACUGGGGUAGGCGAAAUCGUUUCGGUGAAAAUAAGCUUAUUUUAUCAAGCCAUAUAGGCCGUUUCAAAUUUAUGUCGGAUCAAUUGACGUUUUUGUUGUAUUUAACUUUUGCUUUAAUUAAAUCCUUCCAAUUUGCGAUGCUCGCCGUCGUUACGUAUGUCGAUCACCGUGUCUCGACAGGGCCACACUCAAAGAAAUUCAGUUUGGAUCAUUUUGAGAAGAAGGCUAACACAAAAUUGCGGAAACGCAACGAGGAAUGGCGGGAUGCCGUUUACAUCGAUGACGCGCCAAUCAACGGACCUAACCUAUACAUAAUCCUCAUGGGUUUCCACGAUCCAGACUUACCUGGACAAUUGAAAAGCAUUGGCGUGCCGAUAUGUUGCAUGCUGCAGAUCAAACGGCCCGACGAAGAAUUGAAUCAAAACAUAGAGGAAAAAAUAGACAUCGAUGAAAGCAAGAAAUUAGUUUUUUUCGAGAAAUAUACCGUGUCGAAGAGCAAAUUGUAUAAUUUUUGGACGACGGUGGAGAAACGAUUGCAGGAAACCGAAUUGUAUCCCGAAUAUCACGACAUUGGAUUCCUCGUGUUCUGUCCACCGCGAUAUCCGAAAACUCUGAAUAAAGAAGAAUACGAGGCCAACAAAAAAGACAUGUACAACAGAGUGUCGUACAUCCUGUACGAUUUUUACGAUGUUUACAGGCAACAUGGUAAUUAUUUGAAAAGUAUGAAGAUAGAAACGAGUAUCUUUGAUAAGAGAAUCGAGAAACCAAAUAUGAACAUUUACAAAUCUUUUAUGGAUACGUUCGAUACCUUUCUUCCGCAAUGUGUUUUACUUCCGUUGAUAAUGAUUGCAAUGUUAAUGCAAGUUGAAGAGAACGAGAAGCAAAUGAAGAAGACCACUAUUACGGAGAAAAUGAGUGAUACAAGCGGAAUAAACGAUAUAAAGGUCAAGGAAGAAUAUACAGACAAAGAAGUGACGGUUGAGAUAACUAGGGAAUAUCUGAUAUCCUACAUCGAAGAAAAGUUAAAAACCCUCAACCUUAAAUACGGCCUCGAUGACGAAGAGGACAAAGACCAAAUCGAUUGCACCGUAACCGAUAUCGAUCUAAUCCUUCACGGAAACAAGAUCCUCGAGGCUAUUGUCGGUAUAUCCGCGAUUCCUUUCUUGUCCAAACCGUCAGAUUUAAUCGACAAUAUUAUAUCCAUAUUACGGCAUCCGAUUAUAACGAGGGUCCACGAGAAGAACAAGAUCACCGAGAAAAAAUUGAACAAUUAUUCUCGUCACAUAGAUAAUCUUCGUUUUUGCUUCGACUUGUCGAUAAACAGCGAGAAGAUCAAGCAUUACUUGCACAUAUUGAUGUUCGACAGAAUGUUGUUCGAUUCGAAAGUUAAAACGAAUAAGGUUAAAAUUUUGGAAAGAAUGAAGAAGGAGAACGAUCCGAUAUACGUGCAAGAUUCGACGCUUUCAAUGAAACGUUACAAAUCUUUGCCAAGCUUGUACUCAGAAUCCAUGUACAAAGUUUACUUUCUCAGCGAUGGUAACAUCGAUUACGGGAAAGUGUUUCCACAAAUCGUCGAAUGUUCACCCCUGUUCGACCUGGUGGAUCCUCGAGAAUUGUUGGUCCCCGGUUACUUGGAGGAGAACGUGUUCGCCACAAGGCCGACUAACAACUAUCGUCUCGAAGACUUCAACGAUGUCGAGCUAUUACCGGAAGUGAUUUUUCUUCAGCUUGUUUACGAGUGUCUACUCGCUUUCGAUCACAUAGAAUUUCGAUACUUCGAGCCCACGGACUCCCUGUUACUCCACUUCCAUAACAAAUGGAGGAUCAACGAUGUGAGCGAGGAGGAAAGAAUUUCUAGUAUCCGUACUCCGUUACGAUUCGGUGAUUUCUACAAAUACGUGGUGCCCGAGGAGCAGCAAUGGCUGCGCCAGGAAGAGGAACAGAACAGAUUGCAAACGGCCAAAGAGAUGGAGAGAUUGAUGACGAAGAGCGCGAAGAUAUACGACGAGACUAUGUCCUUUCGCGAUGAGGAUUUCAUUCUACCCGGGACCUUGAAGGCGAAAUAUGAGAUCUACGAUGUUAAUAAGCAGAAAACCAAUAAAGAUUUAAGUGAGUUUCGAAUGGAAAUAAUAAAUUUAUACAAUAAUACCUAUUCCUCUACUACAAAGAGUGGGAAAAAGGAUGUGAAGAAAGAGAAAAAGAAAACCGAUAAAUUGUCCAGUCGAAGAAGUUUAAAAUCGACCGAUAACGAGUGGAUUUCGAUACAAGAUUCCGAAAAGGAAAAACAUUAUGAUUUUGUGGGCUAUGCUCUUUCAGAAUUACGUGUGCAAGUAACGAAUCAGAGAAAGACAUUUUUUUCGGCCGAUGAUACUUUGGUACAAGUCAAUCUAGAGGAUUGGUUGUACAAGAGCAAACGUUUGUACAUUAGUGUUACGUUGAAUGGAUACACUUUACGAUUGUCCCGUAGAAUCGAUAUUCAGGAAAAUACCGAGGUAUUUCACUUAACGAGUCCAUUAGGAAUCGUUAUUACCUUUCAAAUGUCAUUAAAUUUCCUAGAUAUGACAAAGAAUAUUGAUUUCGAUUGGCAAGAUACAAAGAUCGAAUACAGAAUCUCGUCACCCGCCGGUUUAUUCAUAGAACCUGUAAUCGGUGAUGGGCCGGAAAAUCCGUAUUAUAUCAAACAAUCGUAUUUGCGAAAAGGAUACAUUGACUACGAAAACAAUCGUGAAAUCUGUAGAAAGUUUUUGAGAAAUGGAAGUAUUUUAAAGUGUUUAGAUGAUGGAACAAUAAUUAUUUUUCGUUCUAACGGGGUGAUUGUAACUUGUACAUCUAUUGAAAAAAUUAACAUCAUUCAAAAUGAACACGACCAGAUCGAGAAAAACGAUAUAGAAACGUUUUCGUUUUCGAUUCAAAGCACGACAUGCCUUCAGGAGGCGAAAGUGUCAACACAGUCGAUCAAAGUGUCACGAUACACAAUCCUGAAUCACGAUGGCGAACAGUACGAGGUGCACAACGACUUGAUCGUAAGUGACCAUCAUCGAUUCCUGGUGAGAAGGAUAUCGGACUACGAGGUCGACGAGAAAUUCACGCGUCGCGCUGAUGGUACCAACAUGUUGCUGAAUUCCAAUGGAGAAUUGACUGUCAGAUUUCCAGAUAGUACGUGUAUCACGACCAGUUAUAUCAUAGAAGAGGAACCAUUGACGUGUGAAUGGACGGAGGAAGAAAUCCAACAAUAUAUCCUAUCAUCGGACAAAGAAACGAAAGAAGACGGUGAGGAUUCCAUGGCUCUCGUAAAGAGACACAUAGAUUACAAGAAAAAAAUAAACGAGUUAUUGACCGACAACACUUUCGUCUCCGUUCUAUUGAAGUGUCGGAUGGAGCACAAGAAUUAUGCUACGGUAUACUACGAUCAGUCAGAACUUAGCUGCACUUUAUCAAUGCCCGACGAUCUUCAAAUCAGAAUAUCGAGGGAAGGUCAUUACGAAGUUUCGAUGGCGGAUGGAGUUAAUCUAAAUAUCACCGAAGACAAAGUAUUGUUCAAGGGGAACAUGUGCAACAUAUGCGGUAAUCAGUCAACAUCCACGUAUUAUUUCUUCCCUUUCAUGGUAUCAGACAUCCUAUUCAGCACCACCGACGUCUUUGGCAAUGUAUUCGAAGUGAAUAAUGACGGGAGUACGAGUCAUUAUCGGAAUUUUGAAAUUUUCAAUCAUAAACAAUGCGCGGAUAAUUUAAGCGAAGGAUCCUACGAAGAAAGUUUCGAGGAGAAAAUGUUUGAAUCUUUUUGCAAUCACGAGACACUCAACUUCAAGGCAAACGGUCUCAAGUACAGGAUAUUCGCGAUGAAUCGAGAUUUCAGUGGUUACGAGUACAUUCAUCGUCUCGUUAGAAAUCAAAUAGAGUUGAUGGCAAUGAUCGAUAAAGAUACGAGUGUAAUUUCGUAUCCAAACCCGUAUCAACCGGCACUUCAUCGCCUUGUCAUGUUUUACCCUGUGUGCCCAACAAAGAUUAAACAGGAAUUUCCGGAUUUUCACGUGAAGCAAAGGAACUUCGAUAGAACAGAAAUAUUACGAAGCACUUAUUCAAUACCGUAUGAUUGGCUGUUUCCAUUUGGAAGGAAUGAUAAUGGUAUUUGGAAAAAUACCCACGAUUUAUCUCUAAUGGACCAUGCCAAAGCUCUACCGAAAUUAUUGUACAUUCGUAUUUUGCGUGGCUUCAAGGAACCAAGUGGAAAUGCGGUGAUCGAUAUCCAAAGAGCCCUUGGACGCUAUUGGAUGUCUUUGAUUCGCGAUUCCGAUUUCCAUCCAUCUCUCAUCAUGGAACAAGUAGAACCAAUCUUCUCGAAGAUGAAGCCAAUAUACAAUUAUCUCGAGGAGAAUCUGCACGAAUUGUCAUUGGGUAACAAAAAGAAGAUCAACGUGGAAAUAUACGAAUUCGGGUUAGAGAGAGAAUGGGAAUCACCAAAGCCGAAGAUUAAACGAAAAUCUAUAAAGUACGAAGAAAUGGUGAGAUACAAGAUCAUGAAGAAAGAGGAGCUCAAAUGGUACAAACGUUGCAUGAGGGAGAAAUUUAUUCUACCUUAUUUCGAGAAUAUUACUGGCACGUGUUUUCUCUGGAUAAAGGAUUGUGUAGAAUACGCGUUACACGAUUAAACGGAUCUCGAUUCCUCGACUUCGAUCAGAUCGUGACGGAGUUUGUAAUUAAAUUUGGAUUAACUUGUUGGCCGACACCACCGUGCUCUGCUUUCUGCGAAAUUUUUCCCGGAAUUAAAUCAAUUUGGUCAUAGAGCUUUCGUGCCGGGACCACGACUCUACUACUACUCGUGGACAAAAGUUCAAGGAACGAGAUAAACUCGCGCGGAACUACGGCUAAUAAACAACUUCCGGUGAAAAUUAACUGAACGCGAUUAUCUCAACGAGCAAAUAGCGACGAGAUGUUGGAAGAAAAGGAUAAUAGCGGGCGGUCGACGUCGUUUGUAUUCAGAAAGAGGGAAGGUUAGAUAAUUAUAAACCGAUUGUAAAUUAAAAUCGUAAUUACAUCUUUGAUAUAUCAUUUGCUCUUUGACCUUUUGUAUUAAUAAUUUUGAUAAACGUUCCA